CAGACACACGCACACGCACACGGAGCAGACUGAGAACCGACAAGCAGCGGCUCGGUCAGUUGUACCCCCUCCGAGCUGUCACAAAGAAAAGUGCCCGUGUGCGGUCCGCGCUGCGUCACGGAUUGCCCUUGCGGGAUUUUUCAACGCAGCCUUCACGCAGCUUUCACGGGAUUUACUGGGGACACGUAAAGGCGUCUUUAAAACGCAGCUGAUGUUGCAACACAACGGAUGACAGUGGGGUGGGUAGAGAUGGGAGAGGGUCUGGGGCCUCUCUCCCCUGUAGGAUGGUAGCCGACAGCACAGUGGAAGGCCACGACAAGACUCAUUCGUCAAGCUCAUCGUCGGCGUCGUCGUCGUCCUCCUCCUCCUCCUCCUCCUCAUCUUCGUCAUCAUCCUUUUCCUCAUCGUCCUCCUUGUCUUCGUCAUCAUCACUUCGCACAGAGCAUCUUCAGCAUCAGGCCGCUCCAGAGCCAAUCCCGAAACCAGUGUCCGUCCCCUCCGUGUAUCUGACCCACUUCCGUACUUUCUCCUGCAAGGAGGACUGCAAGAUCAUCACAGAGACCGCAGCCAAGCUCGAGCGCAGCGGCUUCUACUGGGGCCCCCUGGGAGUGGAGGACGCCCACCGCAUGCUGCGGGACGCGCCGCUGGGCAGCUUCCUCAUCCGCGACAGUCGGCAGAAAGACAUCUUCUUCACUCUGUCCUACCACGCCAAGAGCGGGCCGGUCAGCGUGCGCAUCUCCUACAAGCAGAAAAAGUUCUCAUUGGCAGGCAACGAGCGCUCGUUCCCGACGCUCUUCGCCCUGUUGGAGCAUUACAUCAACUCCCCCAAAAAGAGCCUGAGCGUCCCGUACAGGAAAUGGGAGCCAACUUUGCAGGAACUGUGCAGGAAGCGCAUCAUGGAGCUGUGCGAUGGGGGAAGUCUGGUGCCAGAGCUGCCAGUCACACAUGUGGUCCAAGACUUCCUGUUGGAGUUCCCUUUCAAACUAUGAGCAGCUUGUCGUGUAACAUUGUCACUGUACUGUUUUUAAUCUCAAAACGGAUGCUCUUACCAAGCACCAGUAAACUGGAGGUGGUGGAAGAGCCUGUCCAUGGUGUGUUGACGGGUAGAACUGCAUUUCCAUGGCUAC